AAUAACAUAGAUAGACUCUUUAAUCAAAUCAAAGAGAAGAAGAAGAAGAGGAAAUGGAGUGCAGAAAACACAAGCACGAAGGGAACAGAGGAGUAUGCCCUUCUUGUUUAAGGGAUAAACUCUCUCGUCUACCUAACACGACGCCGUACUACAUCAUCAACCGAUUCGAUUCCUCAUCCACCUCCACAACCGUUUCGUCUUCUCCGUCGUCGUCGCCGCCGGUCAAGGAUCACCACCGGAGAGCUGGAUCGAUGUCGUUCGCCGUGAGCGAAGCGUUGAGUGGUAAUCUACUGAUGGAAGGACUGAAGAAAAGCAGAUCUAUGGCUCCUAGGGAUUCGUAUAUCGUUACUGAUUCGAAGAAGAAGGAGACGAAGAAGAAGAGUGGUUUUUGGAAGAAGUUGCUUCAUCUGAGAGGGAAAGGCGGCGGUGGUGGUGGUGGUGGUGGCGACGUCGGUGGGUUGGUUACUUCACGGCAACCCGUGUUUUAACUAAAUCACGUUUAUUUUUUCUUUUCUCUCAAAUGUUUUCUAUUUUGAUUGUGUACAGUUACGAGAUUAAAAAAGGUCUAAUGGUGGAAAGUAAUGAUCUAAGUGAUUUUUUUCUGAUAGUGUGAAAUUAGUGUUUAGUUUCUUUAUAAUUUCAAUUUUGACUAAAGAAACGUAUAAAAGCUUAAUGGGAUUUUUCGA